AUGGCCGAUUCAGACGACGAGCUCUUCGCAGCCCUCGAGGCCGAAUCCGACACAAUCUACCGCGACGCGCGGAUAAACCAAUUAAACGCAGAGCUCGCCUCCACCAAGAACAACCACUCCCAAAAAGAAGCCAGCAUCUUAACGAACGAGAUCUACCCAACCCUCAACAACGACCAGGGCGUUCUCGACUUCACAACCCGCACCAGCAAAUGCCUCGUACACUUUGCGCACCCUGAUUUCGCCCGGUGCGCGGUCAUGGACACGCGGCUCGGCGAGCUAGCGAGCGUUCACUUCGAGGUCUCUUUUGCGCGCGUCGAUGUGCGCAAUACGCCGUUCAUUGCGGAGAAGCUGGGGAUUCGGGUCCUGCCGUGCGUGAUUGGGUUUAAGGAUGGUGUUGGCGCUGAUCGGGUGGUUGGAUUCGAAGGGCUUGAGGCGAGAGGUUUCGAUGGGGUGGAGGGGUUUGAUGUCCGGGUGCUUGAGAAAAGGUUAAUGGUGAAGGGAAUCUUGACCAGUGUGAAGCUAGGAAGUGGGGACGAUGAUGAUGAUUUGAGAGAGGAGAGUGAUGAGGAGGCUGAUAUGGGCCGAGGCAAGAAGAGAGGGAUUCGCAGUGCGAACCCUCGAGUGAGAAACCGAGGUGACGAUGACGAUGGAGAUUGGGAUUAA